AUGUCACCGCUCAUUGCUAUCCUUUGUCUGAUUACCCUACUUGUUGAUAGUCAAAUGCUUCCAUUUACGAUUCAGCUACCAUUACAAAAAAAUCGGAUUUAUCAAGAUAAAGUACAGCUUAAAGAGACACAAACGAUGAAAGGAUCAAUCUACAAGGAUACUUUUAAACUGGAACAAAAUUAUUAA